AUGCCUUCGCUCGUCCCCGACGAAGAGACUGCGCCUGGUCGCCUACUACUGCUCUCCAACCGACUGCCUAUCACUAUCAAGCGUUCUGACGAUGGCAGUUACUCCUUCUCCAUGUCCUCUGGUGGUCUCGUCACUGGCCUCAGUGGUCUGUCAAAAACCACCAGCUUUCAAUGGUACGGAUGGCCAGGCCUCGAAGUUCCCGAGAACGAGAUUGCCGGCAUGAAGCAGCGUCUCAAGGACGAAUACGAUGCUCAUCCUGUCUUCAUUGACGACGAGCUCGCCGACAAGCACUACAACGGCUUCUCUAACUCUAUUCUCUGGCCGCUUUUCCACUACCACCCCGGCGAAAUCACAUUUGACGAGAGCGCAUGGGCCGCUUACCGCGAAGUCAACCGCCUGUUUGCCAAGGCUGUCGUCCAGGACGUUCAGGAUGGCGAUCUGAUCUGGGUUCACGACUACCAUCUGAUGUUGCUGCCUGAGAUGCUUCGCGAGGAAAUCGGCGACUCCAAGAAGAACGUCAAGAUUGGCUUCUUCCUGCACACGCCUUUCCCUUCUUCUGAAAUUUACCGCAUCCUUCCCGUUCGCGAAGCCCUCCUGACGGGCGUCCUCGACUGCGAUCUCAUCGGAUUCCACACCUACGACUACGCUCGUCACUUCUUGAGCAGUUGCUCUCGCAUUCUUGGAACUCCUACGACCCCCAAUGGUGUUGAUUACAAUGGCAAAUUCGUCACCGUUGGCGCAUUCCCCAUCGGUAUUGAUCCUGAGAAGUUCGUCGAAGGCCUCAAGAAACCCAAGGUCCAGGAGCGCAUUGACGCUCUUACGCGCAAGUUCAACGGAGUGAAACUCAUUGUCGGUGUCGAUCGCCUCGACUACAUCAAGGGUGUCCCUCAGAAGCUCCACGCAUUGGAGGUCUUCUUGACAGAACACCCCGAGUGGAUCGGCAAAAUUGUGCUGGUUCAGGUCGCCGUGCCUUCAAGGCAGGACGUUGAGGAGUAUCAGAAUCUGCGUGCCGUGGUCAAUGAGCUUGUCGGCCGUAUCAACGGCAAGUUUGGCACCAUCGAGUUCAUGCCCAUUCACUUCCUCCACCAGAGCGUCUCCUUUGACGAGCUCACAGCUCUGUACGCCGUUUCCGACGUCUGCCUUGUUUCCUCCACACGCGAUGGCAUGAACCUGGUCUCGUACGAGUAUAUCGCUACUCAGCGCGAGCGUCACGGUGUCAUGAUUCUGUCCGAGUUCACCGGCGCCGCCCAGUCCCUCAAUGGCUCUCUCAUCGUCAACCCAUGGAACACUGAAGAGCUAGCAAACGCCAUCCACGAUGCCGUGACCAUGUCCCCGGAGCAGCGCGAGACCAACUACAAGAAGCUCGAGCGCUACGUUUUCAAGUACACGUCAUCCUGGUGGGGACAGUCCUUCGUCGCCGAGAUGACUCGCCUCUCCCAGGAGGCGACGCAGUCCAAGACGUUGAAGAACAUUGGCGGCAACGUGGUUGGUCAGGUCACCAAGGCGAUUCAGGGCGCCGUCGAUAGCGUCACCGGUAGCAAGGAUGGCGCGGAAGAUGCAAAGGAGACGAAGGCGGUAAAGCAAGAAGCAUAA